AGCUACUUAUAUUUAGAAACACAGUGAAAAAUAAUUUAAAGUCAAAAGUGCUACAACAUUUCCCAACCUCAUUAUUGAUUCGAGUAUUGUAAUAAUAAUAGUUGAACAAGACACAUUUAAUUGAGACAUAAACCAGAUAAGAGUAAUAAGGAAAGAGAAUUUGGAAUUUAUAUGGAAAAUGGCAUCCAGCCUAAUUCUAAAUUGCAUGAUUAUUUUACCAUUAAAGACGUAGCCUGCGAUUUGCAAUGAAAGCAUGUUAAACUCGAAGACUUGCUUGAAGCAUGUUAAAUUAGGCUGUUAAUGAGAAAAAGUUACUACCUUACCAAUAUGCUCUGCUAUUUAUUGUUUUCCUUUUUCUUGACCGUUCCGUCAAUAUUCGCGGAAGAUGUGAGCUAUCAAGCUUGCGUAGAUAAGUACUCUAGAAAAGGCUACCAGCCGUGGCAAGAAUGGUCCGAUCAUUAUACCUGUCACCGAUACAGAUGUGAAAUACGCGAUGGAAAAUAUUUCAUCGCUGCUGUUGGUUGUAGAAAGCCGAAAAUACCAGAAAACGCUUUAGAAUGCCACGAGUAUAUCGAAGAUGAGAAUGUGGAAUUUCCUACGUGUUGCGCCCGUCUUAGAUGCGUCGUGGAAGUAAACGGUGAACGAAUCGUUCAAACGAGGGGACAGCCUGGGGAAUUGUUUCCAGACAAACCCUGGAAGGGCCAACAGAAUGAACCUAGCCCGGCCGUAGUGGGCAUGCAAGGGAUGCAACAGAACACGGUGAGCGGUGAACCACAAACGCAGUCUGCACCCGGCAUAUUCAACAGCAGAGGCGCAGGCAAGCCAACGGAUGGCAACGAUAUUAGCGGACGGCGCUUCGUGGACCCUUACCCAAACCAGAUGCAAGACUCACCCCGGAAGAAGCGCUCAACAAUCUACCCCCUGUUCGAACUGGGGACCAUCCGCGAGGGGCGCACUUACCCACAGGCCAAAGUCAAUGGUUAUACACCUGAAAAAUACACUUCGUAUUUUCCAUAUACUGUGAAAGCUCUGUCUAACACUAAAUUGCAUCUAAAUAUGUCAUAAAAACGCAUACAUAAUUAUAAUGGGCUAUCAUAGGUUAAAGGAAUUUGUUAAACAUUGAAAAAGUCGAUUUCCAAUAUAAUAGCCGAGGGCAACGUUUUAAUAUUUAUGAUAGUUGCUAUUGCUAUUGCUAUUUCUAGUAAAAAAGCGUAUAUGUAAAAUCUUUGCCGAAUUGUUGUCCCUUACACCAGACAUCAUUUAUAUUGCUUUCUGUUAAUAGUUUUGUAUGAAAAGAGGUCAAAGAAAAAAUUACAAAUUAAUGUUAUUUGUUACGCAUGCCAACAUCAUCUCAUUGCUGCCAAACGAUUUUGAUUUUCACGAUAAUAGAAUUAACGAAAUGGCUUCGGACGGUUGACAUUUGAAACUUGCAUCGGUUACUAUACAGUUUCCACUAGUGCACAAUUUUACAAAUUCUAUCUUUAUGACAGUGCACACACUCAAGCAAUCAUGAUCUAAUAAAUCGAGACAAGCAAUUCAUUUGAAUGAAUGGAGAUCUGUAAAAACAAUGAAAGAAUCAAUGGGCUGGCUACAUAUCACUUUCAAAUUCGUACGUUUACAAGUUGUCUUCUACCUUUUCCUUUAGUCUGUGAUACCAUAAUAUAUGCCAUAUUAUUAUUAUUGCAUCAAUGCACUAUUUCCGUUUAUUCGUAGUUUUUAUUUAUUUAUUGUU